AGAGGAAAAAACCAAAACACUCAGCGCUGUUCGCCAUGUUGUGUUCAGGACACAUGAGAGAAUAUAUGGACGCCUCCGAGGGUUUAUUCCACGACAUUUAAACACCGAGAAACGGAGCUGAAAUCAUCUGAACCGCGAUCAUCUGAUCUCAAGCGGCGUUUGUGACUGAUCUGGGAUCAUUCGAAGGAAAAGCGCGUUUCAGAGGCGCCUUAGGAUUUUACGGAGGAAUACAGGCUUUCCGACACUAUAAAACACUCGGUUUGUUUGGUUUAUUUUAGAUGUUGUUGCCGUUUCGGAUCUUCGUGUAUUUAAACCCUGAGCUGGAAUUAUAUUCGUGUGUUCUGGAAUGAAGAUCAUGACUGCGAUUAUAUAAAUCUUCAGAUUUAUUCAAGUCAUUUUUCAAAGAAGCAGAAGAUCAUAUCGGGAUGUUCUUGAACUUGAAGCAUGAAUAGGAAUUCUCAGCAUGCGUAUGGCGACGAACUCGGAAUGAUCGCUGUUUCUAUAUGUGACGAAAGCGAUCGAUACUGAUCGAUAUUAGUGCAUAAGUUUCAGGGCAGGCCGCUGUCACUUUUUAAUACAGUAUGAUUGUAUUAAUGUUUGAUAUUUCAUCUAUGCAAACAGAAACACACGCGCUGACCUCCAGGCUGAGGAUUUGUCAAAUCUCUCAAACACUAAACCUCUCUUACAGACUUACACAUUGAUCCGGACCUGUUUGCUCACAAAUAAAUGCUUUUGGCAAUAUUAAAACAUUAAUUUUAGAGGGAGCGGAUUAUCAGCUUGGGUGUUGCUGGGAUUUAUUGCAGUACAAGAAUCUGCACCGAAAAUGAGGACAGACACCAAACUGGCCUUGGCCAUAUUCCUCGUAUCCUGUUCAUCAGGUGCGAUUCUGGGGCGCUCGGAGACGCAGGAGUGUGCGUAUUAUAAUGUGAGCUGGGAGAAGGACGGGACGAACCGGAGCGGAAUAGAAUCGUGUUACGGAGAGAAAGACAAGCGACGACACUGUUUCUCCACCUGGAAGAACCGCUCAGGAACCAUCGAGAUGGUGAAGCAGGGCUGCUGGCUGGAUGACGUCAACUGCUACGACAGCAAUGAGUGUGUGGAGCGUAAGGAGAAUCCUGACGUCUUCUUCUGCUGCUGUGAGGGAAACAUGUGCAACGAGAAGUUUCACUACAGUCCAGAGAUGAUUCAGACUACGUUGAACCCUGUUCCACCAAAGCCAGAUUUCUUUCCCACGUUGCUCUACUCUCUGAUACCCAUCAUGGCUGUUGCCGUCAUUCUCGUCAUCUCGUUCUGGAUGUACCGGCAUCUGAAGCUGACGUACCCGCCGCUGCUCGUGCCGUCACAGCACGCCUUUCAUAUCAUGAUAGAGGACCCGGGUCUGACGCCUCCGUCGCCGUUACUGGGCCAGAAGCCGCUGCAGCUGCUGGAGCUGAAGGCUCGCGGACGCUUCGGCUGCGUCUGGAAAGCACAGCUGCUCAACGAACACGUGGCUGUCAAAAUCUUCCCUGUGCAGAAUAAACAGUCAUGGCAGAAUGAAUAUGAGAUUUAUAGUUUGAUCGGAAUGAAACAUGAAAAUAUCCUUCACUUCAUCGGAGCAGAAAAAAGAGGAAAUGGAGUCGACAUCGAGCUUUGGCUCAUCACAGCGUACCAUGAGAAAGGUUCACUGACGGAUUUCCUGAAGGCGAAUGUUGUGUCGUGGAAUGAGCUGUGUCUGAUAGCGCAGACGUUCGUGCGCGGGUUGGCGUAUUUACACGAGGACAUUCCCAACCUGAAGGACGGUCACAAACCUGCCAUUGCACACAGAGAUAUCAAGAGUAAGAAUGUGUUACUGAAGAAUGAUUUAACCGCCUGUAUUGCUGACUUUGGCCUGGCACUCAAGUUUGAAGCAGGGAAAUCUACAGGAGACACACAUGGACAGGUGGGAACGCGCCGUUACAUGGCUCCGGAGGUGCUGGAAGGAGCGAUCAGUUUCCAGCGUGACGCGUUUCUAAGAAUCGACAUGUACGCCGUGGGUCUGGUCCUGUGGGAACUGGCCACUCGCUGUACAGCAGCCGAUGGUCCCGUGGAUGAGUUCUGUCUGCCGUUUGAGGAGGAGGCUGGUCUUCAUCCGUCUCUGGAGGACAUGCAGGACGUCGUUGUGCAUAAGAAACUACGGCCCAUAUUCAGAGAACACUGGCUAAAACAUACGGGUCUGGCGAUGCUCUGCGAGACCAUAGAAGAGUGCUGGGACCACGAGGCCGAGGCGCGUCUGUCUGCGGGAUGCGUGGAGGAGCGCAUCAUCUCAAUGCAGCGCAACACCAACCUCAUCUCCCCCGAAGACAUCCUCUCCGUCGUCACCAUGGUUACCAACCUGGACUUCCCCCCUAAAGAAUCCAGCCUAUGAUGCUGUUCCCUCAGCCAAUCAGAACGCAGCACGUGCGAGAGAAAAACGGACUACGAAUGACUCGUGACGUGCAAAACGAGCGCAGGAAUGAUUCAACGACUCGCACUUACACACGGAGGAACUCAAGAGACGAAACACACACGGACGUCUCCGUUUGCACCAAAACCUCUUUUAUGCAUAAAGGAAAGACUUUUGUGUUUUAUAUGAACAGCAGCUCAUAUGAUUUUAGUAUAAAAAGGGCGAAACUCUGAACUGCGUUUGCUGUUUGCUGCGAAUCAUUACGGUCAUGCCAAUACGAGACACUUCUGAAUGUCCGCCGUUCAGCCGCGAAUCACGCCGAUUUAUGAGGAAUUAUGCUGAAAUAACCAUAAACCUCCCUAAACAGGUAUACCUCAUUUUGAUUUCUCGUGCUUUUUUCUGAACAGCUGCUACGGAGGCGAGACGAGUAGCUGUAACACACGGUAGUGUUUCUGCCUUUCGCAUUUCUGCUUCAUUUCAUCGCAGCUUCACUACUCUUUCUAAAGGGGUCGUAUCGUGAGGAAUCGACGCUCGCUUCGCUCAAUCACAGAAUCCAGGGUCCAAUAUUAACGUCUGCCAACGGUGGAUCAAUUCGGACAUUUUACCAUGCAACUGUAUUUUUGCAACACAAUUUUUCAUAUUAGUGACACAUCAUUUGCUAAAUGAGCCUCCGGAUUCAUCAGACUGCACCUGAUUUAUUCUGUUUUUGUUCAUGUUUAUUUUCUGGUAUGUGAGGAAUAAUCCAGCAAAGUGAUGGAGCGUUCAUUUUUUGACCCUACGCUGCAAAAACAACUCGUUCUGCACUUCAGCUUUCUAGAUUAACGUGUAUUAACACGUUAAUGCCUAUUCAGUGUUGAGAAUCUUGGGCCAUGAUAUCAAACUAUAGAUGUUUAAAAAAACUUUUUCUCACAAUUCAGACUUAUUUUGCAAUUCUGAGGAAAAACUUAGACUUGCGAGAUAUAAAAUGAGAAUUUUGACUUUUAUGCAAUUCCAAGCUAACUUUUUUUUUUUUUUUUUUUUUUUUUUUUUUCAUUUUGAGUUUACAUCUCAAUUCUGUUUUUUAGUUCUGCCAUAAAUUCUGGGUGGAAAAUGGUAAUUGCAACUUUUAUCCUCUCAAUUACAAGUUUAUAUCUCAUAAUGCUAAAAACGAAAGUCUGAUAUUGUGAGAUAAAAUCAGAAAAAAGUCAGAAUUAUCAGGUUUUAGUCACAAUUCUGAAUUUCUUCCCCAGUUUCCCCAAGUUUCUUUAGAAUUGUGAGAAAAAAAGUCAGAGUUAUUAUUUUUUAUCCCGUUGCUGAAAUAAGCUUCCAAAUCAAACAGUCUGAACACCAGCAGAAAAUGUAAGAGUAAAGUGUGUGAAAGCUUGUGCUGUUAGAAAUGACUGAUCUGAACCAUUUAAGACUGAUUUAUGAAUCUGUCAAAGUGUGAUGCAUCUUUACAAAGAGGCUGUUGUUGAAGGAUGGCGCAGUUAAAAACCAGAUUGAACCGACAACACUCAUUUUGCAUAAAAAGACGUUUAUAUGGGUGCAGAAGCAAAAACCCCUUGUCUCACAUUAUAAGCUGACCUUGUGGAUAAAAAUAACUGCUGAUAAGGCCCCUUUAAUGACAGUGUUUGCGCACAAUCGCAUCUUUCAGGGCUGUAAAUGUGUCUAACGCCACAUUCUCCUUCAUCUCUGUCUCUUCAUCUCUUUCUGAAACACUACAGCAGUAUUCAGGGACGCAGGAUUCUGCUCACUUACAGCGAUUAUGCAACCAACAUGCAGCAGCGAUUGCAACUGUAGCAUACGGAGUCGAAAGCGCUUCUAUUUAUUUCAUUAAUAAUGUGACAAACUCUCAGUACUGUGAAAACGAACGCCGGUUAUUAUUGCCCUGAAUGUGUUACCAGACAAACCAAGUGUUGGGUGAAAAAUGGGUUUGUAAAAGACAUUUCACAUCAAUCUGUAAUUCCCCCCCGACGACACACAUGUACAGCAAAUGAAUAAUGUAAAUAUGAUUGUUGGUUUUAAAUUAUUAGACUAGCAUGAUGUUGCUCUGUUCUUUUUGGUGUCACUAAUCAAAAACAAGUCCUUUAUAAAGAAAUUAUUCCAGAAGAUUGUACUGCUGGGUAUUUUAUAUGAUGUUUUAUUGUUAUUCUUUUAGUGUCUGCAGGCUCAAAUUCACUGAUUAUGCAUGUGAUUCCUUUUUAAAAAAAAAAAAAUAUAAAAACUUUUUCAUCUUUUUUUCCAUUAAUGAAUGCUGAUAAGAUGACAAACUUAUUCCCACCACCUUAAGUCAUCAUGAAAUCAUUAUUGACCCUAUUUAAUAAAUAUUCUCAGCCUUGUAUAAAUGUUUUCAAAAUAAUUAAAUAAUUUAUAAAUAAAUAGUGCUGUCAAGCAAUUACUUGCAUCCAAAAUAAAAUAUUUUGUUUACAUAGUA